AUGCCACGAGCGUCAGAUAAUCCAACAACAACAAAAUUUUCGAACGAAUGCAACGAUUGUGGACAAACUGGUACACAAUGGUCUUCACUUAAUCAUGGUGUUUUAUUAUGUGAUGAAUGUUGUUCGGUUCAUCUUAGCCUUGGAAGACAUGUAUCGCAAAUUAAAUCAUUUAAACGUAGUCAUUGGCCACCAUCGCAAUUGAAUUUGAUACAAGAAUUAAAUCAAAAUGGUGCUAAUCUUGUAUGGGAAUAUAACCUACUAGAUCCACAAAAUAAAGUUUUAAGAAAAAAACCAAAUGCAAAAGACUCAUUACCUAUAAAAGCGGAUUUUAUUCGAGCAAAAUAUCAACAGUUAGCGUAUAUAAAUCGACUUAAAGAUGAAACAAGUUUAACAUUCGAAGAUUUACAUCAGCAACUUCAUUCUAUAGCUCGUACAGAUAAUGUAACAACCUGUCUACGAUUUUUAUCUCAAGGCGCUGAUCCUAAUUAUAAAAAUCCAGAAACUGGUACAUCAUCACUUCACGUAGCUGCUAGUCGUGGACAAAUGAAUCAAGUCGAACUUUUAUGUAUAUUUGGUGCUGAUCCUGCAUUUCCUGAUAAUUCGGGAAUAUCUCCUGAACAACAUGCAAGAUCAAAUGGCUAUAUUGAAUUAAGUGAACGUUUAGUCGAAUUACAACAUGAAUUAACAGAUCGUUUAACCUAUUUCAUUUGUAACAAAAGACCGGAUCAUAGGAAUGGACAACAUUUAAUUAUUCCAGAUAUCAGUGAUAAUUUAGAUACAUCGGAUUCUUCACGAUCGGCUCGACGAAAACUUCAACAGUUACCUGAUUCACUAUUUGAAGAUCUUGCAAUGGAUGUGUUUGAUGAAGUGGAGCGACGAGAGUUAGACACAAUUUGGCAUGCACAAGUUGAAAAACACUUACAACCCCUUUAUGUUGUACCAUUUUUACCUGUAAAUUCAAUAUUUUCUGCUACAAGAAAUCAGGGACGUCAAAAAUUAGCGCGUUAUGGCGUAAAAGAGUUUACAAUAUUAAUUUAUGACAUACUAAAUGAAAUUCGUCGAAGACACUACGGUAUGCAAUCUCCUGUUCAACAAUCAAAAUUUCACACCAUUCCACGUCAACAUGUUAAUAUGAAUAAUAAUACCUCUUUAAUGUCGAAUGAUACGUUAUUGCCAAUGAUGAUGAAUGGUAUAGAGGGACAAACAGGAACAUUCUCAAAUAUUUACAAUGGAACAACAUCAAGUGCGCUGAUAAAUGCAUUUAUUGAUUCGGACGAUGAGCCAUUGUAUGAUAAAGUGGCCUCUGACGAAGAUUACAGUAGUUUACCAAUAAAUCAUAGAUCAAAAUUAAUACACAAAGAUAAGCAAGCGAAUAAUAUGCAAAAAUUAUUGAAAAGAAUCAAAAAGAAUUCAUCACACGAUUACAUCAAAGAGCAAAGUCCUGACAUACUUCAUUCUCCAUCGGAGAGUUUGAAUUUAUCGGAUGUGUCGAAUGAAGAAAACCAUAUUCGUUUACAACAACAGCAUCAACAACAACAAAAUAAUUUAAAAACAAGAGUAACCAAUACGGAAACACAAUUAAAAUUUCUGUCCUGUGCACAUGUAGACUUAAAAAAUGAGAUUGCCGUAUUACAUCAGAUGAUACAACGUUUAUUAGACGAAAGUCUCUUGAACAAAGUUGAUCAACAAAUGCUUGAUAUGGAUAAUCCGACAACGUCUCCCAAUGAUAUUAUGAUGUCUAAACAAUCAAAAACCUCUCGGAUACAAAAUAACGAAAUAGUAAUAUCCACAACGACGACAACAAACACAACUACAAAUGGCCAUACUGAUGGGAAGAAUUUAGAAAAAUCCAACUGUCAAUUAUUUGACAGUCAGAAUCGAAAAUCAAGUCCAAUUAUUGAAAGUGAUUAUGAUAAUACGACCAUACUCGAUGAUUCAGAUAAAUCGAUAACAUCUCCAAAUCACACAUCUGGUUCUUAUAAUCGUGAAAAAAGAUCAAGUCGCAGUAUGCAUCGAUUUCCCUACGAAGAUAUUAAAAUGAAUUCAUUAGCACAUUCACGUCCGUUCAGAUCAACUGACUGGGUAAAUGGUGGGCAACCAUCUUCUGGAAGUCCUCUGGCAUCAACAAUAUCUCCUGUUGUACCUUCAUCAUCGAUGGCACCAAACGAAAUAUUUGAACCUUCAGAUAUACAAGCCACUCGAGCCAGAUCUUGCUCUGGUGGAAGAAAUAAAUCUGCAACUUCUCCAGCAUGUGCACGGAAAGUUCCAUCUGGUCCAUCGAGUUCUGAUAUUGAUAAACGUACACGUAAAAUCACGCAUAGAAUCGCCGAAAUGUUUCAGCUUAUAAAAGAAAAUCAAUUUGAUUCGUUUUCAAUGUGUGCUGAUAGAAUUAAUCAUUCGGUAUACGAUAUGAUCCGUCUGUUUCCUGAGAAUUAUCUCACCGAUGAAACUCACCGUAAUCUUGAAAUGCUGACAACAGGAUCAGAACAUCUUCUUUUACAUUCAAAAGAAAAACGUAAUCGUAAUGAACAAAUUCAAUUGAUUAUCGAUGACUCUUAUAAUAUUGCAUUAGCUCUGAAACGACUAGUAGUGUUACACCAACAACUAUAG